AUGAUGUUCAGUCAUCAAGAUUAUCAGCGUGAACCAGCAGGUGAGGAAGACCGAGACCGCAGCGAGAAACCAGUUGAGCUGUACCAAGUCAUGAUACACGAAUGUGAGGAAGACCGAGACCGCAGCGAGAACCGGUUCAGCUGUACCAAGUGCGGUCGCCGGUACAAGCAGAAAGUGACGUUGGUCCGCCACCUGCGUUACGAGUGCGGUAUAACGCCGCAGUUCCCCUGUCCUCUGUGUACGUACAGAGCCAAGCACAGGGCUCACCUGGAGCACCACCUGAGGUACCGACACCCUGCACCUGCACCUGUCUACCGACUGGAACCCAACCUGCAGCACCUGCACAUGCUCGCCGACGAUGGUUCCAGAGAUAAAGCACUCGACACGUUGCGCGGUACACACGACAAGUACGAGUGCGGCCAGAAGGCUCUGUUCCCGUGUCCGUACAUAGGCUGGACGGAGGACACGAUAGUGACACGAGAUCUGUUGCAGGAUCCAGGUUCCUGUGUGCACUCUGCGGGCGGGUCUACAAACACCAGCGUAACCUGCACAGACACGUCAAGAUCCAGGUUCCUGUGUGCACUCUGCGGGCGGGUCUACAAACACCAGCGUAACCUGCACAGACACGUCAAGUACGAGUGCGGCAAGAAGGCUCUGUUCCCGUGUCCGUACAUAGGCUGGACGGAGGACACGAUAGUGACACGAGAUCUGUUGCAGGAUCCAGGUUCCUGUGUGCACUCUGCGGGCGGGUCUACAAACACCAGCGUAACCUGCACAGACACGUCAAGAUCCAGGUUCCUGUGUGCACUCUGCGGGCGGGUCUACAAACACCAGCGUAACCUGCACAGACACGUCAAGUACGAGUGCGGCAAGAAGUCUCUGUUCCCGUGUCCGUACAUAGGCUGGACGGAGGACACGAUAGUGACACGAGAUCUGUUGCAGGAUCCAGGUUCCUGUGUGCACUCUGCGGGCGGGUCUACAAACACCAGCGUAACCUGCACAGACACGUCAAGAUCCGUCGGAAGGUCGAGACCUUCCCGAGAGACUAACGGGUCUCUGCCCUUCCGCUGUGACAAGUGCGGAUGGACGUACAUGUACAAGGGCACAUUGUCCAGACACCAGCGGUUCGAGUGUGGCAAGUCCGCCCAGUUCUGUUGUCCACACUGCCCUUACAGGGCCAAGCAGAAGACCAACCUCGUGGUCCAUCUCAAGCUGAGGCAUAAGGAGCUAUUAGACCAGAGUUGUGAUACACCACGGCGGGCUGCGGGCCUCCACGAAGGAAGACUCCGACUUGUGCCUGGAGCGGCGGCUGCGGGCCGGGAGAUACACGUGUUCCACGUGCGGGCGGGAGUACAAGUACCGCGACACUCUCGGGAGACAUCAACGCAUGGAGUGCGGGAAGAGUGCGCAGUUCUCCUGUCACUUCUGUCCUUACAUGAGCAAACACAAGGCGAACCUCACUGUCCACGUGUUCAGGAAACACCGCCAACAAUGAGAUAG